CCAGCCGACCGGAGGCAGAGACGGAGCAGGGCGUCCAGCCGACCGGAGACAGAGACGGAGCGGGGCGUCCAACCGACCGGAGACAGAAACGGGGCUGGGCGUCCAGCCGACCGGAGACGGAGCAGGGCGUCCAGCCGCCCGGACCUGCGGUUCACUGAGACAUCGGCACCGGACGGUCACGGCAUAGCUGCCCCAGCUGCGGGCGCUGAAGAGCUGGCAGUGACUGGACGCGCCGCAUGAGCUACGGUGGCGAGCUCUCUGGAAAGCGCCGCCGCUCUCCGUACCUGAGGUCCAGCCAGCUGGAGAAGAUGGCCAAGGAGCUGCUGGACGAUGCUGGAGGAGAGAUGGGGACGACUGGCGGUCGGGAGCCGGGGCCCAGCUCCGGCCGGCCGCUGGGCUACAAUGGCCGCAGACCUGUUUCCAGACAGGACAAUGAGCGGAAGCCGUUGGAUGCCAACCGGUACGCUACCAAGAAGACCAUCGCGCAGGGCAUGCUGGACGUGGCGCUGCUGACGGCGAACGCCUCGCAGCUGCGUUACGUCCUGCAGGUGGGGGAGCAACACGAGUUCUACACCCUCAUGGUCACCCUCAUCAGCGUCAGCAUCAUCCUGCAGUGCCUGCAGGCCAUCACGAACCUGGCGCUGACGGUGCUGGACGCUCGCGACACCAGCCAGGCGCUGGCCAGGCCGCGCGAGUACCUCAACUACCUGACCAUGGCCUUCGCCCUGGGCACCGUCAUCGCCGACGCCAUCCGCUCUGGCUUCGGCUACGACGCCGGGCCGACGCAGGCCGUCGCCGCAGAGCCGUGAAUGCGGGAGCCUCUUCGGCGAGGAAGAACACCGGCAGAACACCGCCCGGCGGCGUGACAAAGCGACGGCAACGUCCUUAGAUAUGACAAGAGAUACACAAAUGGCUGAUGACACACUCGCCAGCCAGCCGCGCAAAGGGCCGUAAAUGGUCUUGACACUUCGGUAGCAAACGAGAAACAGCUUGAAAUGGCUCAAAAGCACGACACCAAACACCACGGAGCGUCAUGGACGCGGCAGCAAAUAAUAUACACGAGCGUUGAUGCUCUGUAACGAGAGAACAAACUGCACAAACGACGGCUGGCUUCUGGAGACGAGAUAGCCAAUGGGGUAAACAACAAGCGACCACCCGUAAUGUAGCUUAAACGCCGCGGAAGGCAAAGCCGGUCGCGGCCGAAUCACUGAAGAGGGUUCACGGACCGCCCUCCGCACCACGUGCUAAGCGUCCGUCUGUCCGUCCGAGAGCGACGAAGGCGACCCGAGAGGGUGGGGAGCACCAGCGCCGGUUGUCGAGCCUCGAGUGGCUCGGGCGUCUCAGUGACGCGCCACCUGGCAGGGAGCGGGUGUGCUGUGGACAGAUGACGUUCCACUGCCGCUGGAGCUCACCGCCGAGGCGGUGGAGAGGCUGCACACCGCCGUGCGAGGUCACAACCCGUGGAUUUGGCCUCGAGACCGGACACUGCGCGCUUCAGCGUCGGGUCAACGGCUGCACUGCACGCACGAGGUGCACUGGGAGUGGUCGUCUGGCUUCUCAUUGUCCUGUCCAGGCGCAGUCGGUUGAUGGUGUCUGCGGCUCCGCCUGCCUUCCGCACUCCAGGUCCAGGGCGACGUCAGUCCCGACUUCCCGACCCGGACCCGAUCUUGACGCCCGUCCUCU